AUUGACCGAAACUCGGCGAGGGCAUCACCAAGAUCGCACACUUCUCGGGUAAUGAACGCGCAGGUCUGUUUCGACCACAUGAGCGGAAGAGCCGUGGCAGCAAGGCCGCCGAGAGGUCGAGCCGUACGAAGGAGAUACUGAUUAAAAAUUUGAGGUUGGCAGGCUUGUAUCACGCAGAGGGACGUCAUGCGCAGUCGGCGAAACCGGCAGACGACAAGGACGGUUUCGACCACUGGGGCGAGGGCAGCUUCGGCAUCCGUUUCGGCAGCCGGUGUGGUAGGACGCUCCUCUGGUGUGGAAGUCUCGGAAAGGACAACUGGAGGAGCAGGAGCGUCUGGAGGCGCCACGAGAUCUGGAAGAGAUUCGUCAUUAGGGAGCCGCACAUUGGCGCAAAUGAUACAACUCCCAGAGGAGCCCCUCGCUAUCGAGGACGAAACAGAAGCUGAGGGACCAGGCAGUGACUACGGUGAUUCUGAGAGAUCGGGCCACUAUGGCGUCGGCUGGUAACGCGCUUAUUCCCCUGUAGUAGCCGGAUAAGGAGACCGGUGUUGGCCGCAUGCUAACGACGCAGAUUCUGCCGCCGGGUGACCCUCUGAUAACGCAGCUGCUACUACAGGGGAAGAGGAGGGC